AUAAUUGAAAUGAAAUCAAAAUAAUGUAAAGUCGGGUAGUUUGCGAACACUGAAAUGUGGUCUCGUCCACCAUUCUCUGCGGUCUGCAGUAGAUAUGGCGUCACUGAAAAGUGUAGGAGUCGAGAAACUUCACCCAUGUAUAUAACGUCAAGAAGAAAGCUCUGUGGCAAGCUGUAGGCAGCAACUCGCAGUACAUAGCUAUAUUUAUUAUCCAGCUUACUUUGUAACUAUGCCCCGGAAAAAGCCAUUUAGCAACAAACAGAAGAAGAAACAGCUACAAGUGAAACGAGAGAGAAAGAGAGGUGACACCGGUUCAGGGCCGAGCAGCCGCAAUGCCAGUCUGGAGCGAGGAAAAGAGCGACAGUCGGACACCUCAGACAGUGAAACCACUGAUGUGAGGAGAAUAAAUCAGCAGCCCUUGGUCAGAGAAGGUAGAUAUGACCCCAACAGGUUCCGACUGCACUUUGAGAAAGAGAGUAAGGAGGAAGUAGAAAAGAGGAAAAAGGUGGCCAGGGAGAAGGUGCUGCAUCCGGUCGCAGAGAAAGAACAUGAGAUCAGCAUCGAAGACAUCUUCCCCUCAGAGAAAGGUCUUGGUUUCCCACGACGGCCGCCCUGGAGUUAUGAGAUGACCCGAGAGAACCUGCUGAGGAAAGAGGAGAAGUCGUACAGAGAAUACCUGGAUGACAUGCACACCAGAAACCCAGCUGGCUCUCUCAGCCACUUUGAGCACAACUUGGAGACAUGGCGGCAGCUCUGGCGAGUGUUGGAGAUGUCAGAUGUCAUCCUGCUCAUCGUGGACAUCAGGCACCCGGUGCUGCAGUUCUCUCCAGCCCUGUACCACUACAUCACAGGAGAACUCCAGAAACAGGUGGUCCUGGUGUUGAACAAAGCCGACCUGUGUCCUCCCCCCCUGGUGAUCGCCUGGAAACACUACAUGACCUCCCAGUUCCCCCACCUGCAAAUAGUGUCCUUCACCUCCCACCCUGGACAGCCCUACAGCACAGUGCUCCAGAAGAAGAGGAUGAGGAGGAAGGCUGACUGGAGUCACUCCGGAGGACCUUUAGAUAUCCUGAAGGCCUGUCAGGAGAUCACAGCAGGGAGAGUUGACCUUUCCAGCUGGGAGAAGAAGAUUAUGAGAGAUGCUGGCGCUCAGCGACUGGAUGGCGAGCGGCCAGACGACGGAGGGGAGACGGUGCUGAUGGAGCAUCAAACUGACAGCGCGAUGGAGAUGAGCAGCCCGUCCCAGGAGCUGUACAAAGAUGGGGUUCUCACUCUGGGCUGCAUAGGCUUUCCGAAUGUGGGCAAGUCCUCCGUUAUAAACAGCCUGGUGGCGAGGAAGGUGGUGAGCGUGUCCCGAACCCCAGGACACACCAAAUACUUCCAGACCUACUACCUCACCCCGACAGUCAAGCUGUGCGACUGCCCCGGACUGGUUUUCCCCUCCGUUGUGGACAAACAGUUGCAGAUUCUGGGGGGCAUCUACCCCGUGUCUCAGCUGCAGGAGCCCUACAGCUCGGUCGGUUAUCUGUGUGAAAGGACUCCUUUCUUUUCUGUGCUGAAGCUCAAACAUCCCAGUUUGAUGGACAACAAACCCCAUCUUGGAAACCAGAACUCUGAAGCGCUCGAAUGGACCGCCUGGGAUGUGUGCGAGGCGUGGGCAGAGAGGAGAGGCUACAAGACGGCAAAAGCAGCUCGCCACGAUGUUUACCGUGCAGCCAACAGUCUCCUGCGGCUGGCGAUUGAUGGCAGAUUGUGCCUCUGCUUAAGACCUCCUGGCUACAGCUGUCUGAAAGAGCACUGGGAGAAUCACCCAGACCUGCCGGAGAUCAUGGCUCUGCAGGGACGCAUGACGAAGGAGGAAGGAGAGAGGGACGACGACGACGACGGGGAGUCCAGCACAGAGCCGGAGGACGAGAGAGACCGGGACGCAGACGAUGAUGAGGAUGGAGAUGAUGAAGAUGAGGGGUUUGGACAUCCAAAGCCGAAGGAAGAUAAGCCAGCUGGCUUCACUGUCAACAUGUACAAUGUCCUGCGGGAAAACGAGUGCGAGUGAUAACUGAGGGAAAGACGAGCACACGAGUGGUUCCUCUGUUUCAUUCCUUUUUCUUUCAUUCCUUCUCGUUUUAUCUUCCAUCUCCACUCCUCAUGUCAUCGACCUUCUCUGAACAUCACCGUCAUCUCUUAUGAUUACUUCCCCCCCCCUAUAAUAUACAGAGCAUACUCAUGUGUGCCAUGCUGUGCCUCUGCUCUGCUUCUUCAUCCGCAAAGCUUGUUCUGUCGUGUUGCUUCUAGGAGCGGGUUUGAUUUAAACUUCUUAUUUUUUUUGCAUGUAGUUCUCAGAAGAAAAUGAACAAAGUAACUUCCCCUCAGCCUUCGUUCAAUCAACCGGCUUUCAAUCCAAGUGACUUCACAGCUGAGACGCCAAAGUUCAGGAGAGGAUGAUAAAACAUAUCGGCUGCAAUGUCAAUAAGUCGUCAUUCACUGGAGCCGCUCGCUCUCAGAGCAGCUGGAGAUUUAACACCUCGACUCUAAAUCAUCUUUAUGGACCACAGUUUGUCAAGCGUUUGGUUAAAGGGUGGGGGUGGGGGGGGGCUGGAAAUGGGAGAUAUUGGGCCAUAAAAGUGGAAUGAAUAAAACCAACAUUUUACGUACACAGUUUGCAGUGAGCAGUAUUCGAGGUUCAUGUAUCUGAACGUGGUUUAGAUAAUCCUGUAUCUGAGAGUGAGAUUUUAUUUGGUGUGGUUCUACACAGUCAGCAGGAAAUGUUUGGGAUGGGGGGGGGGGGGGACCAGGCUGCUUCAGGAGUUUAACUUGUAGUGUUUUAACUACUACAAAGAUGAUCCUUAGUUGUUGGAGAUCUACAGUAUUCAGCGCAGGAGUCUGGAUUCAACUGUUCCUGCAGUCGGUUACAGGAAUAGUUCGACAUCUCGGAGAGUUAGACGAGAAGAUCGAUGGCGCUCCGGUAAAUAUGAAGGUGGAGACAUUAGCUUAGCUUAGCACAAAGACUGUAAACGGUAGGAAACAGUUAGCUGUUCAAAGGCAACAACACUUUGGGGCUGAAUUAUUAUGAAAAAAGAUUUGAUUGCAAAUAUUUUGACUAAGAUUGCACUUGUGAUAUGAUUCAUGAUAAUGGAGGAAAUUAUAAUUUUUGCAUCAUUAUUCUCUCUCGUUGAUAAAUAUAUUAAAAUGCUGAUGGUGUGAUUUUAGUUUUGUUUUUGCGAGGAUCUGUACAAAACCAGAUUUUUUUAUUUUUUUUAGAAUGAUAUUUUGACAUUUUGCCUCUUAAGAUUUGGAUAUUGUGGUUUUAAUUUAAAGUUUGAUUACAUUUGUAAAAAUGACACGUUGUGAAACAAUCCUGCACAAGUGAACAACAACAAUCCUAACUAAGUGGAAAAGCGUAUUUACCUAAAUGUCGAACUAUUCCUUUAACUGUCCGUCAUUGUAAAUAACAUUACACACUCAUCCGUGUUGUUUUAUGAACUAUAACUUCGACAAACUGCGCCGAUCUCUUAAUGUUGUGCAGACAAUUCUCAGUCAACGCUGUGAUUUCAUCUAAUUAUCCCUUGAGAUUAGAAUAAUCUUCCUCUCGACUGAUCUCUCGUCUCUUAGUGCUGUACUCCUGCUGUCGUUCCUCCUUCAGCACGGUGCUGUGUUACUGUGUAAUGCAUCACGCUGCAGCCACAUGCAGUCAUUUCUACCAUCGCUACCGUGUAAAGAAGUUCCUCAACACGACCAUGUGAAUUUGUUUUUCUUGAAAUAGUUGGAGAGUGUAGUGUGAAGGCUCGAGGUGUGUUCAGGCUGCAAUCCUCAUUUCAUUCCUGUGACUGGACUGCUUUCUGCAAUAAAAGAAUCCUCUCAAGCCGUUA